AUGGACGACGACCUGUCGCUGCGACAUGUGCAAAUGCUCGUCAUUGAUGAAGCUGAUACCCUACUAGAUGAAGGAUUCCGCACCCUCACCCAAAAGAUCCUACGUGAAACACCGGGUGAAUCGGCCCAUGUAUUCGUCACUGCGACGAUCCCUCGCUCCAUGCGCAUGUACUUGGAUGAUGCAUACCCAUCGCUUGUGACUCUAGCGUCUCCACACUUACAUCAUCUACCGCAGCGCCUUUCCGUCAUGUUUGUAGAUCCAGGCGGAAACAAGGAUCUUGCUGUGGUGAAAGAACUGUUCCGCGUCUUCACGACGCCUGGAUGCGAGAAGGAUCAGGUGCUCAUUUUCCGUGACAAGCGCUCCGGUGUGGAAAGCCUCAGUCGUUUCUUGCAUGCUCGCAACGUCGAUCAUGUUGCUUGGACUGGCGCAGCUGAGGACAGAAAGACUCGUACUUCACAACAUGUUGCGCCAUUUCUUGCAGGUCCUUCAGAACACUAUGCACGUCGUCACCACCGUGACGUCGAGACGCCGCGUGUGUUGGUGACGACCUCGCUCCUCUCACGUGGCCUGGACUUUGGCCCGCAUCUACGCCACGUAUUUCUUCCAGAUGCUGGGAGAAAUACAACUCGCUCCGUGCAUGCUGCGAACAACAAUGCGCUCGAGCUCCUUCAUCGUGCAGGACGUUCCGCUCGUGCAGGACGUGCAGGUACCGUUGUCGUGUUUGACAAGAACAGUGCGCCUGGUAAGACGAAGGUGCUUUUAAAUCGGCGUGGCCAAAAAAAAGGUAUUGUGCGAGGACAGAUGGACUUGCUCGUCCGGGCGCUGCAACGUCCCAGCAAGUCAUCUCGUCGUCGUCAACGUGCGUCACCCAAAUCAACAUCCUAA